ACUUCUUCCUCUAUAAUCCCCUUUUAAACUCCCUUUAUUGUAUUUUUGAAUCUUAGACACUGGCCCCAGCUAUAUCCCGACCUCUUUUCCUCUAUCCCCAUUCUCUCUCUCUCUCUCUCUCUCUCUCUCUCAGUUUAAGUUUUAACGGCUAUGUAGUAUAUGGUUGUGGGUUUUUGCUUCUUUUCUCUGUUUGUUACUUUAAUGGGGCUCUCUUUAUCUUUCUCUCCUGUUUCUUUCCGGGACAUAGCUUUUGUCUUAUAACGCAGCUUAUCACGAGGGAUCUACAGUUUUUUACUCUCUCUUCUUUUAUUUUUUCUUUCUAUCUCUCUCUCCGUUUUUCCCCUUAUUUUCUGCUACCUUUUCUAUUUACGUUCUCCUUCUUUUGGCAAAGGUCUCAUUUUUGAAGGUUUGGUGGAAUCAAAGAGGCUCCUUUCUCUUAACAUCGUGUGCUAUGUGAGCUUUUGGCUGAUACCCAUUUCUUUGUUCUUCUCCCUGAAGCGCUUCCGAACGGCGAAAUCGCUUAUGGGUCGAGCUACGAGGUGGUUAAGGAGCCUCCUUGGAGGGAGAAAGGAGAGCAAGGAGCAGAGGGAACAGGUGGAGUACUCCUGCUAUGGCGGGGGCGGCGGCGGAGGCGGCGGCGGAGGAGGAGGAGGAGAGGAUAGGAGGGAGAAGAAGCGAUGGAGCUUCGCGAAGUCGUCGUCGAGGGACUCCGCAGCCGCUGACGCGGCCGCUGCGGCGGCGGCGACGAGGCAUCCGGCCGCUGCGGCGGCGUGGUUGAGGUCGCUGUACGCGGAGACGGAGAAGGAGCAGAGCAAGCACGCCAUCGCGGUGGCGGCGGCCACCGCGGCGGCCGCGGACGCCGCCGUGGCAGCGGCCCAGGCCGCGGUCGCGGUCGUGCGCCUCACAAGUCAGGGACGCGGCGCCUCCGCCGCCCACGAGCGCCUCGCCGCCGUUAAGAUCCAAACCGCCUUCAGAGGCUACUUGGCUAGAAAAGCGCUUCGCGCUCUGAAAGCGCUGGUGAAGCUACAAGCGCUUGUGCGAGGCUAUUUGGUUCGUAAACAAGCGGCGGCGACGCUACACAGCAUGCAAGCUCUGAUUCGAGCCCAGGCCACCGUUCGCGCCCACAAGCGCCGCAAUCUCCUUCCCAGCGACCGGCGCUUCCACCCCGAGAUCCGGCCCCGCCGAUCUCUCGAGAGAUGCGACGAGACGCGGAGCGAGCAGGCGGCGCCGUUCCACAGCCCGAAGAUCGUGGAGAUCGACACGUGCUGCCGGCCCAAGUCGCGGUCGUCGCGGCGCACGAGCCCGUUCGCGUGGGACGCCAGCGAGGAGUUCUUCCCCCCGAACUCCGUCUCGUCCCCGCUCCCCUGCCACGUCCCCGCGCGGAUCGCCGUCUCCGGCGGCGGCGGCGGCAACAACUGCCGCAAUUACUUCCCGGACUACGAAUGCCGCCUCGCCGCCACCGCGCAGAGCACGCCGCGGUACCUGAACCAGCCCGCGACGCCCGCGAAGAGCGUCUGCGGAGGCGACUACGCCUUCCGGAGGUCGCUGAACGCGGCGAAUUGCCCGAGCUACAUGGCGAACACGCAGUCGUUCGAGGCGAAGGUGCGGUCGCAGAGCGCGCCCAAGCAGCGGCCGGAGCCGGGGAGCCUGCUGCGGAAGCGGCUGCCGCUGAGCGAGGUCAUGGUCGAGUCGCGCGCGAGCUUGAGCGGGGUCGGGAUGCAGCGGUCGUGCGCCAACGUGCAGGAGGCCUUCGACUUCAAGAGCGCGGUCGUGGGGCGGCUCGACAACCUCCGCUCGAAGGCCGAGUGGGGCCGGGAGCCGGAGAAGGAAAAGGAGUUGUACCUCUUCAGAAAAUGGUGAUCGACGACGAUGGCGAUAAUGGUCGCUCAAUGUGGAUGGAGUUCAAGAGGUUUCAAAACGAGUAUGAUGAAUAAGAGGAUAGUUUUAGUUUGAGCUCUCUUAUUCCACCUGAUUUUAUGAGUCCUUUUCUUUUUUUAAUGGUAUUGUAACAAUAUUGGAUGAGAGAGAGAGAGAGAGAGAGAGAGAGAAAGAGAGAAUUCAAAGAACCAGUUGGGUGUAAAUUCUUUGUGGUUCUAUUGAUUGCAGCAAAAUCCUUCAAUUCUCU